UUUUGAGCGUCGACGAAACGUUGCAUUAGCGAAGCGGGCAGCGGUCGCAAGCCAAGCGGGGCAACUUAUAAAAAAAAAAAAAAAAAACAAAUAAAUUAAUAUAAAAAAAAAAAGAGGCAAACGCUAAACUUUGCUUUCUGCAGCAAAAGAAGCCCCGGCCUGGUUGCUCUCUAAAUUUGUUAGUUUUGUAACCAAAUCAAGCAACGAGCGAGUGCAUAUAAAGAUAUAUAUUUAUUUAUUUAUUUAAACUUGCGCCGUCUAACUGUACUUCGUAUUUGAAGUAAGCACAAAUUAAAAUUAAUUAAACAAAAAAAAAAAAAGAGGAAAACAACCCACCAAAAUGUCGAAACCGGUACCAAUGCCAUAUUCGGAAACGAACGAUGAUCUACACAAUAUACGUAAACCGAAACCCUUUCAUUUCGGUAAAUUUUUAUAUAACUCCGAGGAGGGCACGGUCAUGGGACGAGAUCGCGCCUCAUGGGCCAAGAUCGGCACCUUCUAUAUAAUCUUCUAUGGCGUGCUGGCCGCCCUGGUGGCCAUAUGCAUGUGGGCCUUCUUUCAAACUCUGGAUCCGCGCAUACCCAAAUGGACAUUGGACAGCUCGAUCAUUGGCACGAAUCCAGGUCUUGGAUUCCGCCCACUGCCGCCCGUUGACAAUGUGGAGAGCACAUUGAUCUGGUACAAGGGCACUCUGCACGAGAACUACAAGCAUUGGACGGAUUCUCUGGACGAGUUCCUGGCGGUGUACAAAGUGCCCGGCUUGACACCGGGCCGUGGUCAGAACAUCUACAACUGUGACUACAACCAGCCCCCGCCGAAGGGUCAGGUGUGCGAUGUGGACAUUAAGGCCUGGUCGCCGUGCACCAAGGAGAACAAUUACAGCUAUCACAAGAGCUCGCCGUGCAUUUUCCUCAAGCUGAACAAGAUCUACGACUGGCUGCCAGAGUUCUACAAUAGCUCCCAAAACUUGCCGGGCAACAUGCCCGAGAACCUGAAGACCUACAUAGGGCAUGUGGAGAAGACGGAGCCGCACAAGCUAAACACCAUUUGGGUGUCCUGCGAGGGCGAGAAUCCUGCCGAUCAGGAGAACAUUGGCCCCGUCAACUAUUUGCCGAUACGCGGCUUCCCCGGCUAUUUCUAUCCCUACCAGAACUCCGAGGGCUAUCUGAGUCCCCUCGUCGCGGUGCACUUCCAGCGCCCCAAGCGCGGCAUUAUCAUCAAUGUGGAGUGCAAGGCCUGGGCACGCAACAUUGGGCACGAUCGCAAGGAAAGAAUUGGAUCAGUGCACUACGAGCUAUUGAUUGAUUAAGCUGCACGUUAAGUGGAACUCAAGCAGAUGAGAUAUCAAUCAAGUAAAGGACGCUGCUUUGUCUUAUGUAGAGCGUGAAAUCAACACCAAAAUGCAGUUUUUUCCUAAGAAAUACUAUAAUAUAACAGACCAUAAAUUAUAUACAAGAACAAAGACACCGACAACAAACAUUUUUGGAUACAAAACAAAUUUUUGAAUGUAGCUUCUUCUUAUACAAAAUACGAUUUAAAAAGGAUUAUAUAUAUAUAUAUAUAUAGCAAGAAUGUAGUCUAGCGCCUAAGAGGAUUUCUUUAAAUUACGAGCGAUUUUUGCAUAAAAUAUAAAAACAAAUUAUAUUAUUAAAUUGAAAUUAUAAUAAUUUUAAAUUAAUUAUAAUAAUGCUGAAUGCCGUUUUGUGAAAUGAAAACUCGAUAGUUGAAAAAUGAAAGAAGCAAACCCUAAACUUUAAAUGCUAGCCAAGUACGAAUCUCAUUUAGCGCUGUUCCAAAAUAAAACGACACAAAUUUACGAA